AUGUAUCUCUGGCUUUCCGUCGUUGUCUUUAGGCCUGGACAUCGAAUCAGGUGUUUUGCCAGCCAAUCGUGUCCGGUGCGUAGUCUAAACUCAGCAACGGCUUCGAUUCUUGGCCAGUUGGCUAUGUCGGAGAGUGCCACUGUCUACUGUUUCUCCUUGGUUCGAGCUUCAAGUUCGUUGCACCUUGAGGCCUCUCCUGAUUAA